AUACCCUAAGCGAGGAUUAUGGUUAUGGGUGUGAGCUUAAGGAAAAAGUGAAGGAAUGGUGUUAAGAAAAUCAAAAGUUAAUAACGUAUAUUAAAAGCUAGUUGGGUUGGAAUCUUGAAGCAGAAGAAGAGAAAUGGAAAACACAAAAACUGAUGUAAAUGAAAAAGAAGAGAGUGUAGUGUUGGAAAUUCCACUAGGAGACGCAGCAGACACUUUCAACUUAGAGAAAGCAGUGUGCAGCCAUGGCUUAUUCAUGAUGUCUCCCAACCUUUGGGACCCUCUCUCCCUAACAUUCUCGCGACCUUUGCGUCUCUCUCUAUCUGAUUCUGAUCCUCAAGUUUCCACUCCCACUACUUCACUCUUUGUCUCCAUCUCUCACCCUCCUCACCUCCCUCGCUCUCUCAGCGUCCGCGUUUAUGGCACGCGUUUUCUCUCUCCAAAGCACCAAGAAUCACUGGUGGCUCAGGUGGUGAGGAUGCUGAGGUUGUCGGAAACAGAUGAAAGGAAUGCAAGAGAGUUUAGAAAGAUGGCAGAGGCGGAAAAUAAUUCUUGGUUGACAGGUUUUGGUGGGAGAGUGUUUAGGUCUCCCACUUUGUUUGAGGAUAUGGUCAAGUGCAUUCUUCUUUGUAAUUGCCAAUGGCCAAGGACUUUGAGCAUGGCUAGAGCACUUUGUGAGUUACAGUGUGAACUGCAGUGUAAAUCAUCUGGUGUGUUUGUUGCUCAAGCUGUGAAUGCGACUGUCAAGAAUAAAUGUAAUGACACUGCUCAUAAUUUUAUUCCGAACACUUCUGCUGGUAAAGAGUCCAAGAGAAAUAUCAGAGAAUCUAAAGUUUCAAAAAACUUAGCAAGCAAGAUUGUGGAAACAGGAACCCUCUUGGAAGCUGAUGCUAACUUGAAAACAGAUAGUGCCCAUAUUGGAAGAGAAACUCUGGAGAGUGUAGAAAAUGAUUCAUGUGCAAGAUGCAUUUCAUGUCAUGGGUCUGAUUCCUGUGCGCCUGAUAGUCUUCAAUCUCAGCAUGGAAUACAACCUGGUGUGAACAAGAUGAUUUGUAAUUUCCCCAGUCCAAGAGAACUAGCAAAUCUUGAUGAAAGUUUUCUGGCCAAGCGCUGCAAUCUUGGCUACCGAGCAAUUCGAAUCAUAAAACUUGCUCAGAGUAUUGUAGAAGGGAGGAUUCCGCUAAGAGAAAUUGAAGAAGGUUGUGCUAAUGGAGCAAGCUCUUCUUGCUAUAACAAGUUGGCUGAUCAGUUUAGACAGAUAGAUGGAUUUGGUCCUUUCACAUGCGCAAAUGUGCUUAUGUGCUUGGGAUUUUAUCAUAUCAUUCCAACUGAUUCUGAGACAGUGAGACAUCUAAAACAGCUGUCAAUACAGGUGCAUGCCAAAAAAUCCACCAUUCAAACAGUUCAAAGGGAUGUUGAAGAGAUAUAUGGAAACUAUGCGCCCUUCCAGUUCCUAGCAUACUGGAUAUUAUCGAAUGAGAAGCUGAGAACCUGCGACGUUCCCAAAGAAACUUCAUUUCUAAGAUGGCCAACCUGCAUCUACACAUGAGAUACUCCCCAAUUUACUUUUCAACUUUGUCACUGAUAUGUUACUAAAUCUAAAAAGGCUGACUAGAUUCUUGUGAUGAACCCUUGAAAGAAGCUCAAGCACAGUUUUGAACUCAAGACUACCCUGCGAUGAUCUCUUUUAAUGCCAACUAGCACACCAGUGGGAAGAGUUCCUUUGUAAACCUGAGAACACAUUGCAAAUUGAGUGCAAAGAAAGAGGUAAAAAAAAAAAACAUAGAGAGGAUUGUCAUUAAUGUUGAGUGCACAGUUACAGUUUGGACUCUGAAUUUGUUGCGUACGCAAUUUUCUGUCGGUGUAGAAGAUGAAGAAUGUGGCUGUUGGGAAACUUUGCAGCAUUCUGAUGAUUGCAUCUUCUUACAAACGGAAUACCAUGAAGCCUGAAAAGUGAAGACAGUUGCACAGCAUUAUAUUUGAAUUGAUACAAUGAUGAUAG